AUGUCAGCGCAGGACAAGCCGCUAACCAAACGCUCCGUUGUAUCAUCUUUGAUAUUUAAGUUUCCCGAAUCUGGAAAUGGAACGCCUGUUGUGGCUCUUUUUCGGAGGAGUGACAAAGUAAACACAUAUCGUCACCAUCUUGCGCCCAUCUCAGGAAGCAUCGAUAAGACUGACCCAAAUCCACUCUCUGCCGCGUGGCGGGAAAUAAAAGAGGAAACGACACUAACUCCUGAAUCUCUGGCAUUAUUUCGUCAAGGCAAGCCGUUUACUUUCAGUGACCCGUCUAUUGGGAGAGAAUGGACAAUCCAUCCGUUUGGCUUCCGCCUUAAGACUAAGGAUGAAGGUGGAAAAGGGGAGGAAGGUAUCCAGACGGACUGGGAGCAUGAGGGUUGGGAGUGGCACGAUCCUAGUACUGUAAUCGACAGUCAAGAAUUCGGCGGCGUCCCGCGACUGAAGGAAACUUUGAGCAGAGUCUGGUUCGAAACAGACAUGGGGAAAGAAGCAGGGAAUAUAUUGGCGGAUGGUCUGGAUACGCUGAAAAAUGACCACGAGAGCGGGGCACGCGAGCUGGCCGCAAUUGCUCUUUCUAUCUUCCGAAAAGUGAUCGUUGGAAUGAGAGAUGAUAUUGGUCGCGAACGCUGGUGGGAACUGGUCAGAAUAGCCGGCUGGCACCUGUGGAAGAAUGGGAGAGAGAGCAUGGGCGCGGCAAUUGUGAAUGUUAUAGUCAGCGCGUUGACUAGCAUCGAGCGCAUUAUCUCCGACACCAGCGCCCAUCCAGCUACCAAGAAGGAUGAGAUUCUCGCUGUCAUCGAUGAGAUUGCCGAGAAACGGCAAUCGACCGGAGCUUGCGUCAGUUCCAACUUUAUAUCAUAUCUAAGGACGAACGUCAUCGGGGGAAGAAACGCAUCUCCCGUCAAAAUCCUCACUCUUUCAUCCAGUUCAACGAUCAGGUCAGCGCUUCUCCAUAUAGCUUUUAUCCCGGACAUUGAGAAACUAGAACUGCACGUUCUCGAAUCUCGUCCUCUGUACGAGGGUGUCAGUAUUGCCUCUGCCGUCCAGCCAGAAUUCCAAUCACGCUCAGUUCAAUUGAAAACUACGAUUUAUACAGAUGCAUCUGCUGCGCUUGCUGCUAAGGAUGUCGACAUCCUUCUCCUCGGCGCCGACAGAAUUGCAUCUUCUGGUGACGUUAGCAACAAGACGGGCUCUCUACCUGCUGUUUUGAGCGCAAAGAAUGUCAAUCCAGCGGCAAGGGUGGUUGUCCUCACCGAACUAGAGAAGGUUGCGGAGCCAGGCAGCGUGACUCAACAUGUUACCGAAGAAAAUGACCCUGAUGAAGUAAUCAGAGGCUGGAAAAGCAGCGGUGUUAAAGGCUUUGAUGUUGUUGAAAGAGAACUAAAGAGAGGGGAUGGGCAAAAUACUGCGCUCUCUGUGAAGAACAUCUACUUUGAAUGGGUCCCGGCGGACUUUAUCGACGCCUACAUCUGUGAAGAGGGUUCCUGGGACACUUCGCGCAUCAAGGACCGCUCUAAGUGGGUUGGGGAACGGAUUGAUAGGUUGUUUGGAGCUCUGUAG